AAGAGCUGUCAACGCGUGACACUUCCUUCCCCGCGCGUGCCUGACAAGCACUCUCUCCACCCCGCGCGCGCACGGACUCUUCCGUUGUCAUGGACACCAACAAACUUCCGGAAACAUGGCGAGACUUGAGAAACUUUACAAGCAGGUUGAUAACAUAAAAGAGCAAUAUUUUAUCCGCAACAGGAUCGCGGAGGAAAACAGACAGAAAGAGAACGAGGCUGCGGUCAGAAUUCAGAGCUGGUUCAGGGGCUGCCAGGUGAGAGCAUUCCUCAGUCAUCUGCAUAAAAAUGCAACAUUAAUACAAAAAAUAUGGCGUGGAUUCACUGCACGGGCACUUUUCAGACAAAGGGUAAAGACAGCAUAUUUUAUCAUGAAGAUGAAUUUCUACAAUAAGAUGGCUGUCAAGAUACAGCAGAGAUGGCGGGGCUAUUAUGUGAGGAAGUAUGUACACAAUUAUUAUGCACGCAAGAGAUAUUUGGAGGGACUGACAAGGAAGAAUGAACACAUCAGGAGAGACCUGGAGGAAUUUGCAGAGCUCCAGAGGAGAGAGAGAGAACGGAUCACUCUGGAAAAAGAGGAAAAAGAGAAAAACAUCCAGGCUCAGAGACUCCACUUCCUCCUGAGCACUAAACAGUGUCCAGGUGUUUUCAAUUCACCGUUCAGAGCAGAACCCGAUGAGAUGGAGCUGAGACUGAGAAAAGUGAAGCCACUUCUAGUGCGAUCGGCUCCUAAAGAGAGGAAGACCCCUUAUAUAACCCCUGAUCUCUCUAACCUGAUGCAAAACUGGGAGCGACUACCACCCAUUCACAAAAAGCCACAGGGGCCCUUUCGCCCAGCUCUGGAUGUGCAGCAGCAGCGGCAUCGGCCCCUGGAGCCAAGCCUGCGCGUGGCCACAUCCAUCACUGCCCUGGAGGAGGCCAGAGAGGAGCUCAAACAGCAGGAGUGGAGGACUUGCGUCAUCGACCAGACUUUUCUUCCAUUUUCAAACACAAGCCGAAAUAAGCGGUACGAGGGCAUGAUGCACACCUCCACCCCCUUUGAGCAGGUGGCAUAUGGGACAAAGCACUUCCGGGAGGAGCACAAGGAGUACCUCAAGGGGAAAAAGCCCUUCAAGACCGUCUUCACUACCUGCCACAUCUUUGACAAGUUUGGACGACUGUACUCCAACGCUGGUAAUAUUGUAUGAGAUAGCCGAGUGGAAAAACUGACAAUCAAUAAAUAAAUUAAAUUAAAUAUCCAAUCAUGCAUCAUUUGUUUGUCUGGUUCAGAAAGUGCGAAGGUGAGAUGAGGUGAAGAAAACAUUCGAUGCCGCAUUCAGAGUAAAAACAUCUCGUCUUCUUAGCAUAAUUACAUGCU